AUGCUUAGUAAAGAAGAAGAAGAAUGUGAAGCGCACUAUCAAGCGACCACCAAACGAUUGGAAGAUGGACGAUUCGAAGUGCAGCUCCCACUCAAAGCUGACCCAAGAACAAACUUGGCACCAUCGAGAACGGCUAUCGCUGCUGUGAUCUACAUUCGGAUCCUUAAGCACUCGGAGGAGCCCAAGGCUAGACUACUAACGGCUAAAACGAAGGUAACACCGCUUGCUGUACAAACCAUACCACGACUUGAGCUCAAUAGCGCAGUAUUGCUGGUCAAACUAAUGAAUCAAGUUAAGGCCUCAGUUGUCAGUUGGAUUGAUACUGCCACCCACUACUGGACAGACUCAACGAUUGUACUCUCUUGGUUAGCCGACCAUCCAGCUCGAUGGAAAACUUAUGUCGCAAAUCGAGUGAGUGAAAUUCAUGCAAGUAGCACACCGGAACAGUGGCAUCAUGUGGGGACGCACGAAAACCCUGCUGAUUGCGCUACACGGGGAUUGACCCCAGCACAGCUAAACGAAUUUGGGUUAUGGUGGAAUGGCCCAAAGAUUCUCACAUCCGAUACUGUUAGCUUCCCAACAAUGAGGUGCAUUGAACCCAUGGAGCUAGAGAAAAGAGACACCUUGCUCAUGUUACGAGCAGAAGAACAGGAUCUAGUGAUCGAUAAAUUCUCCAACUAUACGAGGCUAAUCCGUGUAGUUGCAUACUGCAGACGACUGUUGCCGAGUAGUAAUGGUUACCAAUCCUGUGGAUAUCUCACCGCGGAAGAACUGCGAACAGCCAGAACUGCGUGCAUUAAGAUAGCGCAAACUCAUUCGUUUUUACCCGAGAUCCAAAGAUUAAAGAAAGGGCAGUCGAUCGAUAGUAAAUCACGAAUCAUCCAAUUACGUCCAUUUAUUGAUUCCUGCGGUAUCCUCAGGGUGGGCGGAAGGCUACAGAAUGCCAACAACGUCAACAAACAUCCCAUUAUAUUGGAUGGUAAAUGCAAUUUCACUGAGAUCAUUGUGCGGCAUGGUCAUCAUAAAACUUUACACAGAACCUCACAACUAAUGUUAUCGACUCUACGGCAAGAAUAUUGGAUUUUAAACGCUCAGAAAAUGGUAAAACGAUGCAUGCAUAAAUCUGUUACAAAAGUAACGCGCAACCACAAGCUCAAUUGA